AUGAUGCUCUCCGGCUUCCUCCCCGUAUCCCUUCUCGCCGGUCUGGCCCUCGCCUCGCCAAUUCUCAGUGUCCGCAACAACAACGCGACAGCCAUCAUCGCUGCCGUCGCACCCAAGUCGGUAUCCUGCGACGGUGUGAAGGACUUCCCCGAGGAGUGUGCCACCGCAGGCCAUGCGGCCAAUUACCUCCCUCAGGCCCUCCAAAAGUACGGUAUCUACCGCCCCGGCGAGAUCGCCGGCGUCUUGAGUCUCAUGGCCUUCGAGACUGGCGACUUCAGGUACAACCGUAACCACUUCCCUGCACCCGGCCGCCCCGGUCAGGGCACGCGCAACCUGCAGAUGCCAAAGUACAAUCUGAUGUACGCCCUCGACAUUCCCGAGCUCAAGGACAAGGCCGCCGAGAUCGCCGCCGGUGUCACCGACGGUGCGAGCCUGUCCGACGACAAGAAGAAUGCCAUCCUCGACCUCGUCCUCCCCGAUGACUACACCUGGGGCUCGGCUGCUUGGUUCCUGUCGACCCAGUGUGACCAGGAUGUACGUGAUGGCCUCGCGGCCGGCACCGUAAAGGGCUUCACUCUCUACAUGGAAUGUAUCGGCACCUCAGGCACCGAGGACCGCGUUGAGUACUGGACGAGGGCCAAGGCUGCUUUCAACAUGGCAUAG